AUGGCAACGUUAGAUUUGGAGCUAGAACAAAGGUUGCAAGCAAAUAUUGCUGAAGAGCAAUGUAUUUUACGCACGCUAACUUCUUUGCAUGAGGAGGCACUUGCGCUCUCUAUAAAAACUGUCCAAAGUUUCCAGGGACAGAUUAAUAGGUUAGCAGCUAUAGAAGCUGAGGCUACUAUUGUCAGAAAGCAAGCAGUAGCAGUUAAUGUGGCUAUUCCUGAUGAGUGCAAAUCAAAGCGCAUUAAUAUUACUAAAUUUACUGAUGAUGUUGAUACUUUCUUACGAGCGAUAAAUCACAAGUUUUAUUCAUUGCUCGCACAAGUGCGCACACCUGAGGCGGCCACACCAGCCCCCCAGACAGCACAACCGCCUGGCCAGAAAAAUCAAGUUAGGUUACCCAAACUUGAACUGCCCAAGUUUUCAGGUACUCUCACUGAAUGGUCAUCUUUUUAUAGUAUGUUUAAAGUGCCAGUUCAUGAAAAUGCUUCUCUAACCCCAAUUGAGAAGUUCACUUAUUUGCUUUCCUCUUUAUCUGGUGAAGCACUCUCGCUUGUAAAAACGCUUGAUCCUACUGCUGAAAAUUAUGGUGUUGCUUGGGACCUUUUGAAGAGCCGCUAUAAGUCGGAAAAACGACAUAUCUAUCAUCAUUUUGGUGGAUUACUAGACUUACCGGAGAUAAAGAAUAGCGCUCAGAUACCGCAAUUACUCACAAAAGUGCAGGAACAUAAAAACGCGCUCACCUCGUUAAAAAUUGAGGACGCAACGUAUGGUCCUUUGUUAGUUACUGUACUCACGCGAAAAUUAUCGCCCUUCUGGCAGCGCAAAUUAGAUGAAUCCCGUGCGGAUCCUCGCGCGUAUCCAACGUUAGAAGAGUUCAUUAACUUUUUGAAAGAUGAGUGUUCUCAAGCUCUAGACAACCCUGUAAGUCCUAAGCCUCAGUCUAGUCAAAGCGGCUCUCAGAAGUCCCCCAAGGUUUUGUUCGCUAAAAACGACCAAACCCAGUCUCCUGCUAAUGGUAAACAACGUAAGCGUUCGCAUGGUAGUGGUACUAAUUCUGCUCGGCAAUCGCAUGCUUUUGAUUCUUCCCUUGUAAAUACUUCUCCUGCUGCUUCACCUUCGUCGGCCCCGCACAUCUCAGCUAACGCAUCGACCACUACGGACUCCUACGCUGGAAAACAUCUCUGUGGAUGGUGCGAACGAGGUCAUCAAGCGUUCCGCUGCCCUCAAAUAUUGAACAUGUCGCCUUCAGAACGGAUGAACGCAGCACGCAAGAAUCAACUAUGUUUCAACUGCCUCGGAAAUCACGACGUUGGAAAAUGUGAAUCGCGCCACAACUGUUUCCGUUGCGGAAAACGUCAUCACACCAUCUUAUGCGAGAAGCAGGACCCCCAAGGACAGGCUGACCAGGUCAAGGACACCAAGAAGGUUUUCAUCGCACGAAUUCCAGAGCAGACGGUAGUUCUACCGACCGCCCGAGUACUCCUAUCCGCUAACGGACACGUCGUCAUUGCCAGGGCGCUGUUGGACUCUUGCGCAGACGUGUCCAUCGUCACUACUCAUUGCGCUCAGCUGCUCCAUCUCAAGCUCGCUCGCCAUGCCGCCCCUGUUGCCGGAUUGGACGACACCGGCAUUCAGGUCAGGGGUUCCGUGGAGGUGGACGUCAGCACUUUGGACAAGCAACUCGUCGCCUGCGACCACAGGAUGCUCGUGUCGACAAAGAUUACUGGUCACACCCCCUCAGUCGUGCUCUCCAGGACCAUCCGUGCUCGUUGCCGCAGCUUGCCGCUCGCCGACCCGGAUUUUGACUGGCCUGGUCCCGUGGACAUGCUGAUAGGAGCUGAUCUCCUGCCACUGGCGCUGACUGGCGACUCCAUCAAGCUGGGUUCCCCGGCCCCCGUCGCCUGGGGUACUCUCUUUGGUUACGUCGUCCUUGGACCCGCACCCCGCCGCACCGCUUCGGAGGAUGCCGCCGAGAGUCGCAAGGUGCUGCUCACUCGGGAACCGCCGAAUCUCUCGAAGCUGUUCGAAGAUUUUCCCGCCAUUGAAGACGUCGCUCCCGCAGCAAGGCAGGACCCGACCGACGAAUACGUGGAAAACUUCUACACCGCUACGACAACACAAGGAGCAGACGGACGAUACUGCGUCCGACUUCCGUUCAAGCCAGAACACCCGCCGCUGGGAACGUCACUCGCACGAGCUGAAGUUCGUUUUCGAGCCCUGGAACGCCGCUUCGAGAAGGAGCCGGAGUUUCACGCGGCCUACAAGAAGUUUAUGCAAGAGUACGAGAACAACGGAUUCAUGUCUCCUGCCGCCAUACCGCCCGCAACCGCACCGCACUACUUCAUUCCGCAUCACGCAGUUGUGAAGGAGUCUAGCAGCACGACCAAGCUACGCGUCGUUUUUGACGCCUCCGCACCGACCUCUACCAAGGUCUCGUUGAAUCAAGUCCUGCUUCCUGGUCCCAAGUUACAGACGGACAUACGCGACUUGAUCAUCAACUUCCGCAAGCAUCCAAUCACCCUGACCGCAGACAUUCAGCAGAUGUACUUAUACAUCAACAUUCAUCCGAGCGACGCCAAGUUCCAGAUGAUCCUCUGGCGCCCGGACAAAACCGCGCCUGUUCGAGCCUACACGCUGAACACCGUAACCUUCGGCGUCAACUGUAGCCCGUUUUUGGCCAUCCGCACCACGCAACAAACCGCGACCGAUUACGGUCAAGAGGAUCCUGACGCCGCGAAAGCGCUCACCUCAGAGGUCUACGUCGACAACCUGCUAACUGGAGCCUCCACCGUCGAAGCUGCCAAGAACAGGAAGGUAGCGAUAGAGACACUCGCCUCCAAAGGGGGAUUUCGGUUCCGCAAAUGGACCUCCAACGACGCACGAGUGCUGGAAGGAGUCCCAGCCGAAGAUCUGGAGUGCCCGUUCCUCGACGACCCAGAAAAUCCACGCUACUCUCUUCUCGGACUGCACUGGGCGUCCAAGAGAGACCUUUUUACCUACCUCAUUCGCUUGGACACAGACGCCAGGACAAAGAGAGGAGUGUUGUCCGUUGUGGCGUCCAUCUACGAUCCUUGCGGCUGGCUUAGCCCCGUCGUCUUAGGCGCCAAAACCUUCAUCAAGGAGCUUUGGAACUUGCCGCUAGAUUGGGACACUCCGCUCCCUCCCAACGUACAGCAGAGAUGGGACUCUUUCACCGCCGAACUCUCAGCACUCACACAGGUCACCGUUCCGCGUUUGAUGCACCGCCCCGCCCCUAGCUAUCAGAUUCACGGUUUCUGUGAUGCUAGCAUCUGUGGGUACGCCGCCGCUCUGUAUCUCCGCUCCGCCGCUAACGAAACCGCAAGCACAGCGAAAGUCACGCUAAUCAUCGCCAAGACUCGCGUCGCCCCUAAGAAGGAAGUCACAAUUCCGCGGCUAGAGCUUUGCGCAGCUGUACUCCUGACUCGUCUUUUUGAAGCUUAUCUACCUCUACUACUGGACUUUGCUCCAAAAAAAGUCGUAGGUUGGUCUGACUCCACGAUUGUGCUAUCUUGGAUAGCAUCGAAUAGCCGACUCGACACGUUCGUCGCUAACAGAGUAGGGAAGAUUCGAGACACAACAGCGUCCGUUACCUGGAAGUACGUGCCGUCAGAGUCUAACCCCAGCGAUCCCGCCUCUAGAGGAAUCCCACCCUCUGAGCUUCCCGCGCACCCGCUCUGGUGGGAAGGCCCACCAUGGCUGACCCUCCCAGAGAGCGAGUGGCCACCGCUCCCGGAUCUUAUCCCAGAAAAGGAUUUACCCGGGGUCUUACCCGCAGCCACAGUCCUGCUAGCAACCGUGGCUCCACAGAACUUAGGCAUCCCGCUAUUUUCUACGUGGACUAAAACUGUGCGCGUCAUGGCCCAGCAGAACUUGCAGGCGCAGAAUCCUGGAUCCUUAAAGCCACCCAAGAAGUUUACUUUGCCGAGGACUUCAAAUUGUUGGGCGCUGACAAACCCGCUACGCAACGUCUUCGUAAACUCCACCCGUUCAUCGACUCUCGUGGUCUGCUUCGAGUGGGGGGACGACUUCGCCACUCUGCCCUGA